UUAACCGGAUGUGGCCGUAUCCAUAGAAACCAGGUGCUACAAACUUUCUUCAGUGAGCGAUACUUUAGUGGACAAACAUGACCAAAGACUCCUGUAAAUACGACAUGACGCGCCUCCGUAUCGAACUGGAGCAAGAAAGAGAAAUAAAAGACAUGUUGGAGGAGUCCGUGCGGGACUUGGGCUGCACCAUGAGGGAGCUCCAGGACAGGCUGCACGGCGUGGACGGGGAAGACAACGAGUGGAAGACCAGAUAUGAAACUCAGACUGAACUCAACGUACAGCUGCAGAGACAAAUCUCACUUAUCCACGAAAGACUGGAAGACCUGCGUGGGAAACCCAUGGAUCGGCUGGCCUCUAUACGAUCAUACGAUGACAUGCCACUAGAGUCACUGAGACAGCGCCUCAAGCUGCUGACUGACGAGAAGUCACAGCUCCACAGUCAGCUGAUGGAUUCUCGGAUCAGGAUCGAACAGGAGGGAAAGUCUUUCCAUAAAACAAAUGACGAGAGGCGAGCCUACCUGUCUGAAAUUGCCAAGUUGUCCUCCACAGUUGACGCGCAAAUUAGACAGUACUCCAUGCCGCCACAGAGGGGGACAGAGAGCAAAAAGAGGUCCGUGAGACACAAGCUGAUAGCAAAGCAACCGAGCAGGAAGUCAGAGGCCGACGGCAAGAAAGGAAAAGUGAAAGAAAAUGACGGAGGAGAAUGUGUGAAAGGAGAAGGAGGGAUGGUGGAGAGGAGCCAGCAGAAGAAAUCCCACCAUGGAAGCAGGUUGCCCACCCUCAAACAACACGUGAAACACUAAAAAAACCAAAACACCGGGUGUCAGGCUGCCUACAUGUCCAACGUGCCAUUUGCAGGCUCUAGCAAGUCUUUUGAAAACAAAAACUCCUACCACACAUGUGUUAUGUGAGCAACACCGCCGCCUCCACACAGGCAUCCACCCACACGCCAACACAACACCCUCACCAGCUGGCUGAUGGAUCUUGUUGGAUUGUGUACCUAAUGAAGUGUCCAGUGAGUGUCAUACCUUCAAGAACGCAAAUGAGACCAAUCUCCAAUCUCAGAGCGUGUCCUCUGGUGCCAGCCUCCCGCUCUUUUUCCAGCAUGUGCCCUGUUUUCCACGGGAUUGAUUUAGACUUGACGACGUCGCCAGCCAUCAGUGUGUGACGCACGCUAGGUCCCCCUGUUCACCCUCCCCAGAUAGAAAUGUCCUUUAUGCAGCCAACAGGCACACUGAUGUACAUGUAGGACUGAUGUGUCCAUGUGAUCAAUGCGUUUGACCAUUAAAUGAUGAUCUUUUCUCACCUGCCUCCACCACUUAAAGAGAAAGGCAUGCGUGGAUGAGUUUGGUGUGGAAGAAGAGGCCUAACACCAGUGACCUUUGUCCUCACAAAUGGACACACUGUGAAAUCUUGUAGAAAGUCUUCCCAGAAGAGUGCAAGCUGUUUUGUCAUUCCCAGUGGGUGUCCCAAUACUUUUGCCCAUGCCAUGUCGUCAUGAUGCAGUGACCUAAAUGAGGUGGCCUCUUUAUUUGGACCUUCAUGUGGGUCAGUAGAGCCUUUUAGCCAACCCACGUGAGGAGACUCAAAUCAGUCACAUGUCAAUAAUAUGAAAGGUCCGUCAUACGUCAUGUGAUCUGCUUUAGUCUGUCACAGUUACAGCUGGAGUGCUUAUAGACAUAGAAGUAUAGAAUUGGAGAAAUAUAAGACUGGAACCAUAGGACUGCAGCACUACAGAAGCUUUCAAAACUAAAAGGGCUAGUAGGACGUACAAGGCUGUACAAUCAUAGCACUCUAGAACUAGCAGUUCUAUGUAACUACAGUCAUCAGAGGACUGUUCAAAAAGGGCACUGGUGUGGGAAUAUAGACUGUAUAACUCUUACAGCUCUACAACUAGAGCACUAGGACUGAAGACUAAAGGACAUUUCAGCUACAGGACUAAGAACUUUGGGACUAGACGUUGUACAACUGUAGAGAAUGAACUCUAGAACAAGAAACUAUGAUGAGUGUAGAACUGGACUUGUCAAAAUAUUGAACUGUAGACAAAAGACAAUUGAACUAUAAGACUAAAAGUACUUUGGGACUAGAAACCUAUGUUCAUAGAAGUGUAGAACCGACACAAAUACAGAACUGUACAACAAGAGACUGUACGAUUGUAGAACUACAGGCCUGCCGAACACAGCAUCACAGCACUAGUCCUAAGGGGAGUGUAGAAAUAUGGCACCACAGUAUAGGACUACAGAACUUUUAGCAUAGAACUGAAGGACUAACAUAACUUAAGAACUACAGAUAUAAAGGAUUAUUGAACUAAGGACGUUGGGACGAGAACUAUGUUUAUGUAAGUUUAGAACAAUACACAGGACUGCGGCGGAGUCUGUCGAACUACCCAUCCAUCCAGCAUCUUGGGUUGCGGGUAUGCUGGAGCCUAUCCCAGCUGACUUCGGGCGAGAGGCGGGGUACACCCUGGACUGGUCGCCAGCCAAUCGCAGGGCACAUAUAGACAACCAGUCAUUGACCCUCACAUUCAUCCCUAUGGACAAUUUAGAGUCGCCAAUGAACCAUGCCAAAACAUGCAUGUUGGAAUAUGGGAGGAAACCGGAGUACCCGGAGACAACCCACGGGGAGAACAUGCAAACUCCACACAGAGAUGCCCAGCGGAGAUUCGAACCCAGAUCUUCCCAAUCUCCUGACUGUUUGGCCAACCGUCAAACUAGAGGACUGGAAGUAUGUUUCUAUUAGGGGUGUAACGAUUCGCUUUAACAACGAUUGGAUUUGUAUCACGAUUCGCGGUUGCCGAUACGAUUCAAGGACGAUAUUGGUUCAUUUAGAACUAGACCUGUCAUGAUAAUGCAUAUAUCGAUUUAUCGACCGAUAAAAAAAAAAACAGGUUGAUAAUUAUGAGCGCUCGAUAAAUUGACAUGUACGUGUAUGUGUGUGUGUGUGUGUGUGUGCUCCAUCUGCUAGUCUUUCUGUGCCUCACAAGCUGAAUGACAAGAGGGUUCACUCUGCAUCUGUCUGUGCGCAUUGAUUCCAUUGUGGAAUGAAUGCCGAGAGCCUUGUGACAGCAUAUGCUAACAUGAAUCAAGGCACAGAAGCGGUAGUUUUUAAGGCGAAUGCAACAUCAGCAAUGUGGGGAUAUUUCGGUUUUAAACAGAAUGAACAAGGCGAGCGCAUAAACACAGAUAUGUCGCAUUUGUUCGAAGCAUGGGAACACGACCAACUUAUAUGCUCACCUGAAACACCACCAUCCUUUUCAGUUUUCCAAACUGGGAAGAAAAGACACCACUGGAGGUGCAACAGACACUUCGUCCCGACAGCCAACGCUUACUGAGUUGUUUGGUUGGCAAAGUAAACACAAGCAAAAUAGCGCAAAAUGGUGCAUACUCACAGACGUUGUGGCUCGCUACAUUGCAAAAGAAAUGCAACCAUUCAAUACGGUGGAAAAGCCAACAUUUCGGAAAAUGUUAGAAAUAUUUGACAGACAGUAGGACAGUACAGAGAACUGCAUUUGAUACGAUGUACUUGCAUUAUGCCAUAAAAAUAAGGAAAAAAUGGCCUCAGAACUGACUGAGUGACGCUCACAUGGGUACACUAUACGUGAGUACCAUCUAGUGGUGGUUCAAAUGUGCAUUACACCUCAUGAUCUAUGAAAAAUGGCAAAAAAAUGAUGAAAUUAUUGCAUAUCGUCUAUUUUGUAGCACAAAUAUCGACCAGUGUUAAUGUGUUUUUGUGACAGACCUAUUUAGAACGAUACGAUCUCAAACGAUUCUGUAAAUUUAAAUUGAUUUGGUAACUUUUUAGCCAAAAAUUCAACCAGUGUGACUGUGAAAUAAAUAACUGGAUACAGGACAGUGCAGGUGAAGUUUCCUAGAUUCCCGCUGUUGUUUGUAAGGGAAUCAGGUAUAAACUAAUUAUGGAUACAAACAAACAAGUAACCAACAUUUAAUGGCAAAUGCAUUCACAUUGUGUUUGAAUAAUGUGCAACCAACACUUCAGGUUGAAUUAACAUGAGGUUCAUCUUUUCUGCUCUCAUUUUCAAUAAAAAAAAGUACAUUAAGUGGACUGUCAACAGUACAUUUACCUGCUGCGUCUGCUUUUGUUUUUCAACAUAAAAAAAUGCAGUAUUAAUAUCAAAAUAAAGUGCAACCAACAUCUCUUUAGGUUGAAUUAACAGGAGGUUUAUCUGCUACUUUUGCUGUUGUUUACAUCAUAAAUACUUUGGUACUUUGUGUAGGAAUGUUACAGAAUUUUGAAAUACGUAAAAUCAAAUUUGGGAUUAAUUCUGAUAAAACAUGACUUGAACUUUAAUUUGAUACCUCAUUCACUUCUCUACCCCAAAUAUUAAAGAAGUUUGGACAAAUUUUAUACGGGGAAAUGGUGCCUUUGUUUCCCAUUGCUUUAACAUUGAGUCAAGACAAAAGCUGUGCUCGACCCACGGUCCGAGUACUGUACAACCGUACUACAAAAUAUAUCAUAACUUAGGCUGUGACAUUUGUUUUGAAAGUCAACAGAGUAUCCAUUUACAUUUAUUUUUGAUCAUCAAAAACUCUAGGGAAGAAAAUCAAGUGUCAUCAUUUUUACAAAUUGCAGUACACAGUAAUUCUGGGCCAAAAUUUACAUAUUUAAGAUUUUAACAAAAUUUCAUCUGCAAAUAGAUAUUAAAGUAAAUUUAUAUCCUACAUACAUUUCAUCUUGUCCUGAAACGCUGAUCCAUGAGUUUGAAAGGCUAAAAGUUGGAUGAAGAUUGUAUGAGUCGAUAUACACUCAGUAUAAAUUCGAUGAGAAAUUGAAGAGGAAGAAGUAAUCUACCUAACACCAUGGAUACGAAUGAAAAUUCGUUCCUACAGUUCCUUGGAUGUUUUUGUGGGGUCUUUUGUGACCUCUUCGAUGAGUCGUCAUUGCGCUCGUGAGGUAAUUUUGGUUGUCCGGCCACUCUUGGGGAGGUUCACCACUGUUCCAUGUUUUCGCCAUUUGUGUAUAAUGGCUCUCGCUGUGGUUAGCUGGAGUCCCAGAGCUUUAGAAAUGGCUUUAAACCUUUUCCAGUCUGAUAGAUCUCAAUUAAUCUCAUUUAUGUUUUAAGCGGGGGCAAUCACUUUUCCACACAGGGCCCUGUAGGU